ACAUCCCCAGCCCCCAGCCAGUACCAAAUGUCCAAGCUUCUAUCACAGAGCUUCUCUUUCCCCUUCCAGGCCAGUCAUGGAAAGCACUGAGCGCCAGCGACAAGCGUCCCUUCGUGGAAGAGGCAGAGCGACUGCGAAUCCAGCAUCUCCAGGAUCACCCUAACUACAAGUACCGCCCAAGGAGAAAGAAGCAAGCCAAGAAAAUCAAGAGGAUGGAACCCAAUAUCCUCCUGCAUAACCUUUCCCAGCCUUGCAGUGACAACUUCAGCAUGAGUCACCAUGGCGGCAGCCAGCCGGGCCACCCCCAGCCUCCCCCACUUAACCACUUCAGAGAACUCCACUCCAUGGGGUCGGAUAUUGAAAACUAUGGCUUGCCAACUCCUGAGAUGUCUCCCUUGGAUGUCUUGGAACAGACCGAGCCGGCGUUUUUCCCUCCGCACAUGCAGGAUGACUGCAACAUGAUGCCCUUUCGCGGCUACCACCACCAUCACCAGAUGGAGUUUCCCCAGGAGAAGUGCAUGGGGCGGGACGUGGCCGUGCCCUACGCGCAGACCCCCUCGCACUUGGCCGACGCCAUGAGGACUCCCCAUCCCUCCAGCAUAUACUACAACCAGAUGUGCUCAGGAACUCAGAAUGGGCUUUCUGCCCACCUGGGCCAGCUCUCCCCCCCGCCUGAAGCCCACCACAUGGAGAGCGUGGAUCACUUGAACCAAACCGAGCUUUGGACAGACGUUGACCGCAACGAGUUUGACCAGUAUUUGAACAUGAGCAGGACUCGUCCCGAAGCCUCGGGACUCCCAUACCAUGUCUCCCUGUCCAAAGUGACUCCUAGAAGCAUCUCCUGCGAGGAGAGCAGUUUGAUAUCUGCCCUGUCCGAUGCCAGCAGUGCUGUUUACUAUAGCCCCUGCAUCACCGGUUAG